AUACGUGUUGUUACGCGCGCUCUCUUCUCGCCUAUCGUCCAACGUCGUCGUUGUCGUCGUCCCCGCAUCAGGAGAGAUCGCAAAGCUGUGGGUUUUAGUUCGCGAGUGCGCCGCGUGGCGCUGUCCGACAGUACCACAAUUUCAUGACCGCCCUGUACGGUGCAGUUUCUUCGCCAUUCCGGAGGAACGUUUUCCGCGAGGUUUUCUCCCGUCGUUUCCGCAGCGAGCCUCCGGAUGAGGCGCGAAUCGAGGGAAAUAUGGACGAUGGGUUCCGAGGCCAAACAGGUCGGAAACCGAUGAGCGCAACGAACAACAAGAUUGCGAUACACCACGCGAUAUCGUAAAACCUGGCCACCCUACACACAAAGAGAAAACUCCAAAGGGGAAGGGGGAGAGAGAGAGAGACAGAGUGAGAGAGGGGAGAAGGACGUGAGAUCUAGAGACGUCGUUCUAGGCCGUCGACUGGAGCGUUUUAUACAUAUGUACACUGGUGGUGCGUUGUGUCGUGCGAGAAACGCUUCGCUGCUGUUGGUCUACGCGCGCGCGCGCGCGCGUAGACUCGCUCGUGGUCUAGAAUUAUUGGUGUAUUGGCAACACGCAGCGUGAUUUUGUGUCGUCCUCGCCAUCAACACCGUUUGCAUGUGCACUUUCACAUUUUAUGUUUUGCAAGUUAUUUCCAACGCAACGUAAAGAUGGUUGGUAUUGGCAAGAAGACGCUCUUGCGUGAUGUGAAUCCACAUUUAAUCUGUCCAUUGUGUCGGGGAUAUUUCAUAGAUGCCACGACAGUAGUGGAAUGUUUGCAUUCUUUUUGCAGAAGUUGCAUUCUGAAGCAUUUGCGUGCAGCAGGACAUUGUCCUUCCUGCAAACAUGUUCUCAACAAGGCAAAACCAAACAUCAAAGCCGAUAAAACAUUACAAGACAUCGUGUAUAAACUGGUGCCCGGUUUAUAUCAUAAGGAAAUGCGAAUGAGAAGAGAGUUUUAUAAGAUGCAUCCCGAACAAGCAAAGUCAGCAACGCCGGAGCAACGUGGUGAAGAUGUGAGCGGGCGGUUAAUAUUCAAUCCAGAAGAUGUAGUGAGUUUGAGCUUGGAGUACCUUCCGCCAGGAGUCGAUCCGUUAACUGUGUUGAGCAUUAAGGAAACGGACACGAGUAGUAAUUCAAACAACAUCAAUGGCAGUACUAAUAACAACAACAACAAUAAUAAUAGUAACAACAAUAACAACAAUAAUCACAGCUGUAGUACCGCCAGUAAUAGAAGAUACCUGCAAUGUCCGGCAUUGGUGACUAUUGCGCACUUAAAGAAAUUUGUAGCGAUGAAAUACAGCGUCGAUGUAACGAGAUACACAAUUGAAAUUUGUCAUCUCGCACCUCUCCCUGAAAACUGGACCCUCAUGGAUGUCGCUUACAUUUAUGCAUGGAAGAGAAUCGCGCCGAUGAGAUUCUUCUAUCGGGUGGCGCAAGAGGAGCAAAGAUUGGAGGCGCCUUUGCAUCACAGACCGUCGACUCCGGGACUUGGUGCGCGAGAUUGUUUGCCUCCGAAUGAUACGCGGGAGAACGACAAUAAUGUGAGCAACGAAGCCGUCAGUCAUCCGGAAACUUCCAAAUCGGAAGUUAAAGCUGCCAGUGAAAACGAGACAUCGUCUUUGACAAAGAACGAUUCGACUCGGAUCGCGAGCGAUGAGAUAACCUCGUCUGCGAAUCGCAAACAAAUAAUUGAGAAGAAUGAAACGAGCAAAAUAAACGCAGAAUCCGCGAAAUUGCCGAUUUCAACAUCGACGCAUUUGACGCACACGACACACGUGACAUUAACCACAACGACCACAUCUCCUUCCGCAGGAACAAACACGUCUUCUUCGACGACGACAUGCAGCAAUUCAAACAAGCAGAUAAAGAGUCCUAUCAAGAUACUGAAGAAUUCGGAAGGAAGAUACGAGGUGAUGAAGAGUCUUUCCUCCGCUGCUAACGCGAACGAAAAAGAACAAACCGCUACCACGGCAGACAUUAAAAGUCCACCGAAUCCUGAGUUUAGUGUUGUCAAUUCUAAAGGAGUGAAGCUCACAUUGAAGCAAUGUCCACCGCUACAAAGUAACAACUCGAAGAAAAUCAUCAGUAACAAACCGAAAAUCAUCAGUAACACUUUAGUGCGUCCUGCUUCAACAGAUAAAGAUGCGGUACCGAUGUCAGCCAUGGCGGUACUUCAGCAACUGCAGCAGCAAAAACUGCAAGAAAAGGAGAAAUUGAACUCGAAUCCGCCAUCGGCCGAUAAGCAAGAAAAACAACGACGUAAAGUGACCUUCGUAGAUCGACUCUCGACCUGUGAGAAAACAUCUCCUAGUGGAAUUGUACCAAAAACCGCGCUCAAGAAACCGGCAGAACAGCAGGAUAAAAAACAGUUUCUGCAAAGUUUUCAGUUGACUGCCAUAGAAUCUCCGUUGCCAGACGACGGCAAGCUAAAAAAAUCUCCUGUUCGAGACACCGAUGUGCCGACAGCGGGCGCCGCUAAGUGUCUUCAAAACAGCACCGCGAAGGUAGGGGAAUUUUCGAAGAAAGAUGGCGACGAGUUGAAGAAGAAGAGCAACACGGAAAACAACAACUUGACUGCGAACAACAGCAUCGCGACAAAUACAACGACCAAAUGUACUAUGAGCAUAACAUCUGCUGCUGCGGCGCGAACACACACGAGUAAAACCGACGAUGCGGACGGACGGCCGUUUAAUUCAGGAACGAGUUUGAAUAGCGGAAAUAUCGCGAGUGGCAAUCACGCUGCCAAAAUGGACGUGUAUACUUUCCCUAACGAUCCGCCGAUUGUUCCAGCCGGAGCGGUGAAAAGGAAAUGCCCACCUGGUGUGCCAAUUGCCGACUUGAAACGCCGGAGGUCUCAGCAGAUCGCUCAGAAAGCGGAAGUCAACAAGAAACAAAAUGUUUCUCAGUACAGUCCUGCUGUUAAAUUACCGCGUAUUUCUCCUAAAGAGCACGUAAUCCCUACGAAUAGAGGGACCACUAUGGCGGGAGAUCACAGCGGCGGUUCGAGCGGUCGUACGUCCAAUGUACAGAACGCGAAAACGUCAACCAGUCCGUUAAUUUCGAACGAAACUCGAGACAUUCUGAUGGACGGCUACGGACUGAACAUUCCUGCAAGUUUGAGCAUAACGCUAACCUCACCCAAGUCCCCAAGUACUUCCGCACAAUUCGUCGAACCCAUUGAUCCCAACGACAACGAUAGUCGAAAGGUCACGCUAAACAAAAUGAAUCCCAGUAUCACAUUGAACAACCGCUCGUUAGAUCCACGCGUGCUGAAAGCUCUGAAGACCGGACAGAUCAAGAUGCCCGCCAGUCCGCCGAAAGCCAAACCACCGUUGACAGCACCGAUGACGGUGAAACAGACGUCGCCAAUAGAUCGCAGCGAGACAGCGAAUCAGCAACGUGCAACAACGAUUCUGGGCAAACGGAAGAAAGAACAGGAAUCGUCCAGAGACAUCUUGGACUUGAGCGGAGGUAACAAGAAGAUAGACAUGCAUCCCCUGAGAAUUCCACAGCCGGUGACGAAGCUCAACAAGAGCAACAAAUCCACGCCAAGCAAGGAUAUCAUGCAACUGGGAGACAUCUCCGAUCAAGGCCAAGUUGUAACGCUUAUGGGCGGUCACAGAUACUACCGAGCGCCUCCGGGUUCUCUGACACCAGCCGCUCAUCGUGUCAACGACUGUCCGCUACCAUCACGCACGCCUGUUUAUGCGCCGUCUUUCGGUUCCAUUAAUCGAUCAGGCUCGGAUCUCUCGUCCGUUUUCCCGAGUUUGCCGAGUUUAUACGCCCUUCAUCAGGCGACGAAUCUUCAGCAGUAUCAUAAUAAUCUGCGAUUACCGCCUCAACGUCCUCCCGCAACGGAGAGAGAUCUGUCGUCCAGAAACAACAACGACAAUGCGAAUUCCAGUAUUAGCGGCAUAACGGGGAAGAGUCAUCUAGCUGCUCAGUGCGCGCCUAUUAAACCCGCGAGAUCUUCCAUGGCGUCUUUAGCAGUUCCUAUCAAUAAGCAACAAUCCUCUGACAAGUUCGCAAAUUCCAACGUCAAUCGAACGGCCACGAGCGACGCGAAGAAGCUUCCGGGUUUUCGUAACAACGAGAAUCUAGACUCUACGGACGAAACUUCACAAAUGAACGCUCGAAAGAGAUAUUCCUCGAAUGUUGAAAGUACAAAUAAUAGAUUCUCGUCUGGCAACAACAAAGAUGCGAAGAGUAACGAUCAGACUACUGUUGAAAGCAAGACCAAGGAUUCGAAUGUUGAAUCGAUCGAUAUUAACAAUUCGAAACAGCAGCAGCAGCAACAACAACAACAUCGCGAAACAACGAGUCCCAAUGUCGUGUCAUCGACGGCAUCGCCCUCACCGCCUCCGGGUAAUAGCGGCGUAAAUGUAAGGAGUGAGAGUAACACUAGGCAAAGUGACGGUGUCAGCAACAUAUCGAACGGAGAUACCAAUGCGAUAUCUAGCCCGACAAAGAGCAACGUCAACACCGAGGUGACGUGCAGCAAGUCGCCGGUCAGUCCAGACUCCAGCUCGAUCACGAUAGAAAGUUCGGCGGUCAGUAAAAGCUGUUCCAUUUCGACCGAUCGAGAAUCGACCGAAGUUCAGACGUCCUCGAACGUUGUAGUGAAAGACCCAACCGGAUUUGUGAAUCCGGACGACAGUGUUGCUGACGAUUCGACCGUUUCCGACGACAAGAGCAAAUUUGACAAACCGGAAGUGAACGAAAUCACGAAACAAUUACUGGCGGUGUUUCCCUCGCAAGAGUGGGCGAAGAAUCCCGUAGCCGCCGAGCAUCUGGACAACUUCUUCAAGAGUCUGAACGCCAUGAAGAACGAAGAAUCCAAGGCGGAUAAGAUCGAUCGAAAGACCGUCAGUGGUGACAGUCCUGUAAAAUCAAAAAAGGAUUUUGCGGAGCGAUCGUAAUGACGACGAGAAUUCGUUUUACGACGUUACCGAAAUUUUUUCAUGCGUUACUUCGAGAUAUUGACGUGGCAACUUUGUAUACAGAAUUUUAUAGCUUUGAUAAAAAGGUAUAAAUACAUUUAGCGUUUAAUCAAUUGCAUCCUCGGACGGAUUGUUGGCAGUGGAAAUUUCAUCGGAAUUGUGUCUAGUUGUUGUCACACGAGAAGAAGCGUAAAUAAUAUAUAUUUUUACUUAACAUCCGUGAUUUUAAAAACUUACGCUUCGUGAAACACGUGUCGAUUACUAGACGACGAGAAAGAAAUACGUGCUGUGUGUGCCAAGCGUAAAUAAAAUAAACUCUGAAAUAUAUCAUCGCAAAUCGAAAAAUAUCGCGGAAUCGUGUUUGAAGGACGCGCGCGCGCACAGUUAUUAACAAAGUGAAAUAGAAAAGAGAAAUCACAAAAGAAAAAGAAUUAAAAAAUAU